AUGAUGCUUCCAACCGAUUAUGGUUACGCAGAUGAGCGGGCUUUCCGCGAGAUAACUUUUCAAUGGGCAAGUGCAUGGGACAAGAAGGAAGCCGCAACGCUUGAACUAAUUGCUGCGCCUGAGAUAAUUGUAGACCUCAAAGAUCUAAUCCCAGGUGGGGCUGUCGAGACAAUGACUGCGAAGGCCCUUGUUGAGCGAACAUUUGCUACGUACCAUCUCGGCGAUCCUCGAUUGAAAACACAGCAUAUGUUUGGAGCGGUAGAAUUCAAACGAAUCAGUCAAUAUGAAGCCACUGGGGACUGGCAGUGUCGAACUCUCCAUAUUCGGAAUUUUGAUGAUGGCACUGCCAAAGACUGGGACUCCUGCAACUAUAUAGAAUUCCGAUAUGUUCUUAUCGGCGAAGUGUGGAAGCUCGGAGGUACACGUCCGCAUUCUACUGUCAAUUCCUCGGGCGAUCCUAUGCAAGUGAUUGGGCCGUUUAUAGAGAAGAUAUUGGCAAACCGCCAGCCAUAG